GGGAAGAUAAAGGAAGAGCAACAAAUCAGGCUGCAGGAUAGAGAGACACUCUAAUGUAAAAAUGGGAUUGUAAAAAGGGGGGAUGGUGUGACAGAAAUGCCUUGCAGCCGGGUGCUGCUGGGUGCUUGGGAGAAUGAGCAACCAGGACUUCUGCGGCGGUGAAUGGUCUGGGGUCUGCAAGGCUCAGCUUUGUGUCUACUGGACACCCUUCAUUCUUGCAGCUGAGGAUGUGAGGAAAAGACCCUGCUACCAGGACGGAGGCUGUCUGUGCAUGAAACAAGGAGCGCACAGAGGAACAUAGACAUGACAGCAGCUAGCCACACAUACUACCAGACACAACACUGUUUCACUAGGAAACAAGAUAUCUGCCAAUAAAACAGACAAUAUUACGCAUAGACACAGUUAUAAAGCAAUGUGUGCUUCUCGGAGGGCAGCUGGUGAUUCUGCGUGAUAUGAUCAUUUCAUUACACAUGCACUGUAUCUGCUGAAAACACACAUCCUGCACACUGCAAGCGUCUCAUGACACCUAUGUCGGUAACGUGCACUGUGAUUUUAUAUAAACAUAAGGUAAUAAAGGCAGACAACAUCACAUAGUCAAUUGCAAAAAGCCGACGGACUGUUACUGUCACUGACAUACACAGAAACCACUGUUUACUUACAGCACCCCAUACACAUCUCUCUGCAGGAAAGAUCACAUUAACGCACACGUUGCAAAUAUGACACAGCCAAACUCAGCAGAGUUCUAAUAACACACCAGUGAGCUGUACAUUACCAAUACUGUGCACGACAGGUGCAACAUAUACACCAUGAGUGAUAGAUAGAUAUUUGCACUACAGUACUGCACACUAUACCUAUCUGAUUGUACACAGCACCACUAUAAAACAUACAUUUAGUAUCACCUGUCAACAAGGAGAAACAAACCCCGAAUAUAACAACAACCUGCUAGUUCUUGCAGUCUGCAGCCAGCACUGAGAUACAGGAGUUUGGACAUUUUAUCAUCAUGAGUGAAGCUCAGGACUCUUCCUUUCUUCUUGUGAAGAUCCUGGAAGAUUUAGACUCAAAACAAAAUUCUGUUUCUUACCAAGACCUCUGUAAAUCUCUAUGUUCUCGAUAUGAUCUACCUGAACUAGCAAAAUUGCGUAGUCUCCUAUAUUACACAGCCUGCCAAGACCCAAGCUUUCCAGCCAGCCUCUUCCGAGACAAGAUGAGGAACGCUGCUGAGAACCAACAGUCCAAAAAAAUAAUAGCUGCUGCCGAUAUAGUCACUAUAUUUAACCUGAUACAGAUGAAUGAUGGAGCUGCAAAAGAAAAACUUCCCCUUCAGCAACAGUCUCAGCAGAAAGAAGGCCUGGAGUCAGAUACUGAAGUCUACAGCAGCACAGACAUAACCCCUCAUAAGGAUGCACAGAAGAGGGAAACCAACCGGAGCUAUUCUAUCACAAGGUCCUCCAGCUGCCACAAGGAUGAAUGUGAAGGGCGUCACACGUAUCUCCCAGAACCAAAUUUCCUCCUGGGAGUUAAGCAGGAUGGUAAUGACCGAGCAGGUUCCCUGGACAGACUGCAAGCUUUGGACUCCUAUCCUAUGGUCACACCACAAUCCUGUGAAAUGCAAAGCACCUAUUUCCCUAGUCAGCCAUUAUCAGAGACAGAAUCACUGCCACCUACACCCAGCGAAGAACCUUUUAGACUUUCUGCUUCUACUGGGCAGAGAGGGAAUGUUUUUAAGGAUGAUUUUCACAACUUGGUUAGAAUGUCUCCCAAUGUCAUAACAAAAAAGAACGAGGGGAAGAUAAGCCCCAAGACGGUUUUCUUCAAUCACAGUUUUGAGAUGCCUUACAGCUCUCACUAUCUAAAUACAGCUUACUCAUCUUCUGAGGACUUCCGAAGGGCAAAGCAUGAAAGCUUAGAUGAUCUCCAGGCUUCCACGUACUUUGGUCCAACCACUGGGUCUAUACUGCAGGACCAAAAAAGGUUUCCAAACAAGCCAAAACAUCUUAUAGGAAAGCCAGUGAAAAGCUGGAGCCUAAACACUGAAGAGGUGCCAGAUUUUGAACGCUCAUUUUUUAACAGAAAGGAAGAUACUCUGUGCUACCCCAGCACUGGUUUGGUGCAGACCGCAAACUUUGUCUCAGUACCAGAGCGACAUCAUUCUUAUUUACCUGAUCUAGCACUAAAAACGAAUGGAAAGAAAUUUUGUGAGCCUCAAGAUGUGGAAAAACAAGAGGCCCUGAGGAGAUUUAGGGACAAGAGCACAAAACCACCUUCCUGUCAGUUCAGCACAGAGAAGACAGAAAGUGUUGGCACCCAGACAGAACAAACUGAUGCAAAAAAGGGAAAGGAAUCAAAUAUAUCCUCCAACUGUGGCCGUUUCAUAGAAGGUAGGCCUCGUAACCAGUCUGAAGCGGACUCUGAAAUCAUUAGUGAUGACAUAAGUGACAUAUUCAGAUUCUUAGAUGACAUGAGCCUUUGUGGAUCAUCUGGCAUUCCUCAGUCUUCCUGUUACAACAGCAGUGGUUCCUUAUCUCAUAUUCCACGUGCAGACAAUGAAAGUUCUCCAGAACAUGUAGCAAACAGAUCAAACAAACCAACCAAGGGCCCACGGGCUGAGACUAUGGAGGAAGAAGAAUUAAAAAGUAGUGUGCGAAAACUAGUCAGAAGAAUCGGGGAGAUCGAAAAGAAACUAGAGUCCCUCUCCGGAGUGCGUGAUGAGGUAUCUCAGGUGUUAGCCAAGCUGAAUAAAUUGGAUGAGAGGAUACAGCCCCCAGAGAAAGGGAAGUUGGAGAUUGAAGCUCAGUCUCACAGUGAUGCCAAUUCCAGCACAAGAGCAUCACCCAGCUCAUUCCAAGAUAAAAAUUCAUCACACAAUGGGAGCAGUGACAAAAAGUCAGAUUGCUGUUGUUCUGAUGCCAACAACGCCACCGCAGAAAGUCUGCGAGUCAAAGCCAUGAAAAAAAAUCUCUUCUCACAAAGGUCUGUCCGCUCGCUAACAGAAGACAUUACUACAAAUGAGUCUAAGCCUGGAAACUCCCAGCAUGAAUGUCGACCUUGGGGAUUUCCCAAACAGUCUAGCAUAUCUGAAGAAGAAAAGAAAGACAAAGAAGGUUUGAAUCGAGAUUGGCAUCGUAAAUCCAAAGAGGUGGAUCGCCAGCAUGAAAUACCUCAUUUGCACAGGAUGCCAAAACCAGCCAGGGAUUCCUAUAUGGUGGAGCAAGUGUUUAGUCCUCACCCUUACCCAGCAUCCCUCAAGUCGCACAUGAAAAGCAACCCCAUUUACACAGACAUGCGCCUGACCGAAAUGUCAGAGCUGAAACGAACCCAACCAUCAUGGACCAUUGAAGAGUACACACACAACUCAGGAGAGAAAGGGAGACUUACAGCACUGGAUCUCCAGACGCAGGAGUCCCUGAAUCCAAAUAAUCUGGAGUUUUGGAUGGAAGAUAUCUACACUCCGGGUUAUGACUCUUUGCUGAAAAGAAAGGAAGCAGAGUUCCGCCGAGCCAAAGUUUGCAAAAUGGCAGCUCUUAUCACCGCAGCUGCCUGCACGGUAAUCCUGGUGAUUGUGGUCCCUAUCUGCACCAUGAAAUCCUAAUCUCCAAAAAUGGACAAAGACUCAGCAUGCACUCACCAUGCAAUCUGUUCAUAAUCACUAGGCAUGGAUAAAGAGAGCUACAAUAACCAUAGGUACACACACAUUUCCUUACAACAUGAAGAGAGGGAGUUUAUAAAGUUUUCUGUGAACCCAGAUAAAAGGAGUUUGAAUUAUAGUGUGGCAUAUAAACCUUGCUGUGCAUGUAAAUGGAUUAUAGAGACUACAAAUCCUCCUACACAAGAGAUUCCCUUGGACAGUCAUCACACACUAAAGCAUUCACAGAGGAGAUACAUAAAGUUGAUACAUAUGCACAGUCCCUUGAAGAUUAUGACUUCUGCAUUUAUUUGUGUAAGGGAAAAAGGAACAGGGCAAUUAGACGACACAACGUGAACAGCCAAAGAGAUGAUGCAGCAUCUUUUGAACAGCAAUACAAAAUCAUUUCAUCUUUCGUGCCUUUCUUCAAAACAUUGACAGCAAUUAUUUAUUUUAGCAUUACAUGUAUUUAAUGUUUAUUAGUAUAUUAUGGUCUUUUAAAAGCACUUGUUUAGAACAAUGACAAACAGCCUACGACACCCUCGCUAAAAUCUCUAAUUAGCUUUCUAAACAAAAUUUUAUAUGGAGUUCUAGACCAGUGUCAAAGGCUGGCCAUGUCUGGUUUGCAGGAAACAAUAGUUUUAUGAUGACAGUGAAAGAAUGUGUUUCAAAUCAUAAUGUAUAGCAUUUAGUUUGCAACAAUGAGUGGGGUACAGCCUGUCUCCCUUUCAUUUCAACUUUAAUGAAAAUCUCAAGACUAUUUUCAAGUCAUUAGCUGGUUCUUAAGGUCUGGUUUAUGGGCCCGAUUCAGACCUGAUCGCUAUUGUGCGAAUUCGCACAGCGGACGAUUAUUGAAUGACUGUGCAUGUGUAUGCACCGCAAUGUGUAGGCGUGCGGCCAAACAGCGUCAGGAUGGUGCGAAAAAUUUGAUCGCUAGGCGUUUGCAAGGUGUUUGACAAGAAGCGGAUAUUUGGGGGUGGUAACUGACCGUUUUCUGGGAGUGUCAGGGAGUGUCAGGUUUACCAAGCGUUUUUUAAGGGAGGGUGUGUGACGUCAGUUCCAGCCUCGAUUCAGCCUGUUUGUAUAACACUGUAGGCAGAGGCGUCACCUGGUGUGGUGACACCCAGAGCGCACCCUGCAUUAUCACCCCCCCACCCCUCCCGCGGGAGCUGCUGGCGUCCGAAAGGGGGCAUGGCCUAAUCAAAAGGGGCGUGGUCUCUCUGGUCUUUUUUUCCUUCGCUCCGGGGGCAUGUCCAGCUUCCCCGAAGAUGCUGGCUGCCCCCGGAGACUGCUCAGCGUGCAGUGCCGGCUCUUAUCUGUGACAGGAGCCGAGUGCUGCAGGGAUUUAUCUCACUGCAGCACUCGGCUCCUGUCACUCCAGAAGAGCUGGCACUUUGGUGUCACUCCUUUCGAGGGGGAGACCCCGGUGCGGGCCGCACCCGCCUUCUGACGCCACUGACUUUAGGAGUAAGUCCUGGACUACGCACAGACUGGAAAAAUCAUUAGAUGGUGAGUGAGUUGCAAAUGGAUUUGCAGCUGUCCGCUUUUUGGUGGAAUUUUUGCAUGGCGUACACAUGCAUUCGCACACUUGUAUGGGGCAGGUUUUCACUCUCCCUGGGCAGCAACUAUCUGAUCGCAGACCUCUGCAAAUUUGCAGCACAGCGAUCAGGUCUGAAUUAGGCCCUAUAUUUAAAGCAAUUCCGUAAGAAACAGAUUGGUUGUAGAUUUGCGUAAGUGCUCUAAGCGUAAGAUUUCUGCAGGUGACCCAACUCAUAGCAAAAACAGACACAGUCUCAUAUAUUAAAAGGGCAAGCUAUUUUCUUAAUAUUGAUUAUCUUAAAAAUCUGCACAUACUAAUGUCACAAAUAUUUACUGAGAAAAGACGUUACAGUUUUCAUAAAUUGUAUGUGUAUAUAGAUAUAUAGAUAUAUAUCUCUAUAAAUACACACUGAAUGUGUAAGGAUAUGCAUUGUACUCAAUAAAACUAUAAGCAUGAAUUCUAUAUGAUAUAAAUAAAUAAAUAUAUAGAUAUUAAGAGUCCAUAUGAUGUCCUCUGAACUAGGUGUUAUUGAUGGUAGGCUAGGUUUGGACUAAGAUCUCCUAAUGGCUUUUGGCACUCUAAGAUGGCUGACAGGGACAAUUCCCGGUAAUUUGCAAAGAGUGGAAGAAAAACAAGCAUUAUUUGUUACUAUCAACAUAUCUAAUGAGGACUGUUUAUGCUAAUCUUUAUAAAGAUUAACUUGUGUAAUAUCGCUGGACAAGAUGAAUGUAUAGUAUAGGAAAAGAUCAUAUUAUUUAAAUAAAUAUAUUUGAAAUGGA